AUGCGUACUCACGCCCUUAUCACAAAGUAUACGGCGCUUCGCAGUUUCUACACAGCCCAGACAUUUGAUUUGCCGUUGUACGACAAAACAGGAGCGUACACUGGCAUCCUCCAAGAGGCCUAUCUCGAUUACAAGGCCAUCCUUGGAUCAAUCCAGAUACUUGCGUUUGACUUUGCCGAGGGCACAAAGGCUCUCGUCGCCAAUCCCCGUAGUGCCAAAGCUAUCACGUCAGCGAAUCAGACGGAGAAAGAGAGCACCAGUCAGGAAGUUCCUCCGGCUACAGAAGUCGCAUCUGAAGACGGUAGCAUCGUUGACUUGAAUGCCACCGUUGCCACUCAAGGAAAACCCGGGAAUGUGCCCAAAGUUAUCACAGUGCCUCCACCAACCAUUGGAGAGCCUUUUUUGCCGACCAUUGAGGGACUCGAGGAGGCACGUCUCAAGUGCCGCUUCAUGAUGAGCCGCAUCAUACAGGAGAUCGACAACAUCACUAUCAAGCCGGAGAUUGCGGUGGAUGAGUCAAGGUUACUGCCGUAUCUCAGCCCAUUCUUGUUCAAGAUGCUGCUACCCAUCGGCGUACCACUACCAGCUCAGGCCAAUCAGGCUGACCAGGCUGUUGUUGCGUCAAAUGCUAACCCUGAUAAGUUGGCCAACAAGUACAUGGGUGCAGUAGCAUAG